AUGGCUGCGAUCAUCGCCUCCGAGUUCGGACCGGACUGUGAUCUGUACACGGCACUGGGCGUCGAGCGCUCGGCCACAGAGCAAGAGAUCACGCGGGCGUACCGGAAGCUCGCGCUGAAAUACCAUCCGGACAAGCAGAAAGGCGAUGAAGCGUCACGCGCGAAGGCAACCGCUACGUUUCAGGCCGUGAGUGCGAUCCACUCGAUCCUCAGCAACAAAGAGGCGCGUGCAGUGUACGACGAGUCGGGCACAAUUCUGUCGGACGAGCUGGACGAGCCGUCUCCGUCGUUCCAGAUGUGGACGCAGUACUUUGCGCGUGUCUUUCCGAAGGUCUCGAACGAGGACAUUGUCCGGUUUGAAGGAGAGUAUCGGUACUCAGACGAGGAGAGACAUGACGUCGUGGCUGCCUACGUGAAGUACAAGGGAGAGAUGCAGCACGUUAUGGACACGAUCAUGCUGUCCACGGACGACGAUGAAGAGCGUUUUGUAGCAAUGAUCGAAGAAGCUGUUCAGGAAAAGGAGGUCAAGACGUUUCCGGCAUGGCGAGAGUAUGUGAAGAAGCAGUCAAGGAAGAAGAAGACGAAAACGCACGAAACGUCCGCCGAGCAAAAGCGUAAACAAGCGAAACGCGAGAAAGAAGCACGCGAGGCUGAGGCAUUGUACCGCAAGAUCCAGGGCAAGCAGCAGCAGCAGAAGCGGGACGCUGAUGCCGAUUCGAUUGUUUUGUCCAGCAAGCGCGGGUUCGAGUCGUUGCUUGGGAGCUUGGAGGCCAAGUACGCGAAGAAGGGCAAGAGUGCAAGGCAAAAGGCUGGAGCGCAAGGUCCAAGCGAACCCAGUGAGGACGAGUUUCGUGCCGCCCAGAAGCGGCUGGAAAGUAGCAGGAAGAAGUGA